AUGACUUCAGCUCCGUACUUAGCUUUGAAGGUCAUGAAUCAACUCGCCAUAGAUGAAGGCGCUUCAUUUCCAUUAGCCACAUCCGUUAUCGAUCGUCAAAUGUACGUCGACGACUUUAUCUUCGGCGCCGACGACAAGGUUCUCGCUCGUCAAACUCGCGAGCAGAUUGUUUCUCUUCUCAAAAGAGGUGGAUUCACGCUACGAAAAUGGGCAAGCAACGUGUCCGAACUCCUUGACGAGAUCGAAGAUACCGACCACGGUCUCGCUCAAAGCCGAGAUCUAAACGAAGAUGAGAGCUUGAAAAUUCUCGGUCUUACUUGGCAACCAGAUCGCGACAUCUUCAAAUUUACCAUUACGAUUACAGGGCCUCCUGGCAACACCAAAAGAAGAAUUUUAUCCGACAUCGCCAAAUUCUUUGAUCCACUUGGAUGGGCAACUCCAGUGAUUAUUCGCGCCAAAAUUUUGAUGCAACGACUUUGGAUCGCUAAAUGUGAUUGGGACGAAGUCGCUCCGCCGAAUCUGCUUGAAGCCUGGCAGCAGUAUCAUACUCAUCUUAAACAGCUAGAAGAGGUGAUGAUUCCACGUUGGAUUCAACUCGGCCAUCACGUACUGCAUCUAGAGUUGCAUGGAUUCUCGGAUGCAUCUACCAAAGCAUACGCUGCAGCGGUGUACAUUCGCGUUGUCACGGUGGAUGGAAUGGUCUCGGUCAAUCUUCUUGCCGCAAAAUCAAAAGUCGCUCCUGUCAAAGUAAUGAGUGUUCCGCGACUCGAGUUAUCUGCAGCUCAAUUACUCGCACGGCUCAUUCAUUUCAUUCGCGAAGCUCUCGACUUUCGUGAGGUAAAUGUUUAUUGUUGGACCGAUUCCACAAUUACUCUUGCCUGGCUGAGCCGACCUUCUACUACAUGGAAGACAUUUAUAGCGAAUAGAGUAGCCGAUAUUCACACGCUACUUCCGGACAUUCCAUGGCGUCAUGUCCCAACAAAGGAAAAUCCUGCCGACUGCGCAUCGCGCGGGAUCUCUCCGACGACCUUGCCACAAACCUUCAAUGGUGGUCAGGUCCCGAUUGGCUUAUUAAAUCUUCCGAUUAUUGGCCAAAAUCUGACUCGGAUUUCGAUCCCCACGCGCUAA